AUGGCUUAUCGCCUUCUUGUUUUCGUCUCUACGGAAGAAGCGCCUUCAUCAGAUGAGCUAGAAUGGAUAAAAUCGUGUGCCAACGCCGAGGAAGAGUUACCGAAACGAAUCGCUCUGGAAGUUGGAGCACAUCGCCUUCGACGAGGAAGCGAUGAUGAUUUGGUAGCUGCUUUGGCAUCAUUCCUACAAGAUGAUGCUCUGAGCAUUCGAGAAGAGGCGUCAUCGUUAUUAUCGAAACACAUCUUGAAGAGCAACAUAUUGCUCAAUCCUGGGGUUUGCUACCGCCUAAUCAUGGAGAAUAUUCCCCAUCUGGAAAGCGAAGCCAAGGAACUAGAGCGAAACGUGAUGGACGACUCCGCUGAAGUUCUUUUUGACGCGUGCUCGAUAAAUCCUUACGCUGAAACGCGUGUUUUUGGCGAGUUUGAUGAAGUGAAAUUGAUGAUCGCCGACUUGAAAAGUGUACAAUAG